CUUGUGGAAUGGGAGGGACCCAGCCAGGGAUUGGAUGAGGCGGCUUCUCGUACGGGUGAUCCCGCCCAUAGUCCGGCUAGCCCCUCCCUUAGUCAUAAAGGUGGGCUCACAAUUGCUAUUUGUACCUGACAGUGGGGAACGUGUUGUCACCGAGAUGAAGAAGGUUGUUGUAGUCACCGGAGCCAACAGUGGUAUUGGUUUGGCUCUUUGUGAGAGGCUCCUCUCUCAAGAUGAUCAGAUUCGCUUAUGCUUGGCGUGCAGAAAUAUACAGAGGGCUGAGGCUGCACGUUCCGCGCUGCUGUCAUCCCAUCCCUCAGCUGAUGUAAGCAUCCUGCAAGUUGAUGUAGGCAAACUGAAGUCUGUGGUACAAGGAGCAAAAACACUGAGAGAAAGAUAUCAACAUAUAGACUACUUAUAUCUGAAUGCUGGAAUAAUGCCUAAUCCACGGAUAAGUCUUGAAGCUUUCAUCAAAGGUCUCUUCUCUAGGAAUGUCAUCAGUAUGUUUGCAACAGGAGAAGGUCUCCUGACCCAGGAGGACAGGGUGACAGAGGAUGGUUUACAGGAAGUUUUCGAGACCAAUGUUUUUGGGCAUUUUAUACUGAUUAAAGAACUUGAGUCUCUGCUAUGUCACACAGACCAUCCUUCCCAGCUUAUCUGGACUUCAUCUAGCAAUGCCAGAAAAUCUGCCUUCUCCUUCAGUGACUAUCAGCACAGCCAAGGGAAAGAAUCCUACAGCUCUUCAAAAUAUGCUACUGAUUUGUUGAGUGUUGCUUUAAAUAAAAACUACAACAAAAAGGGCAUUUAUUCUAGUGUGGUGUGUCCUGGACUUGUUAUGACAAAUCUUACAUAUGGGAUCUUGCCUUCAUUCUUCUGGACUUUAAUCAUGCCUAUUAUGUGGCUGAUCCGCGUGUUUACAAAUUCGUUCACUAUUUCACCAUAUAAUGGAGCAGAGGCUCUGUUGUGGUUGUUCAACCAAAGACCAGAAUCUCUCAACUCCCUGGCAAAAUAUCACAGCUGCACAUCUGGAUUAGGCAACAGUUAUGUUAAACCUUUUAAGAUGGAUCUUGACGAAGAAAACAGUGACUUGUUUUACAAGAAGCUUGUAGAGUUGGAAAAGCACGUUCGAAACAAAGUUAUAUCGGGAAAUCGUUAAAAAGCAUAAUUGAUCAAGAAUCUCCAUACAUUAAAUUUGUAUGUAUUUUAUGCUUAAUUCAUUUUCUGAUAAUGUCCAAAAUCUUGUAAAAUAAAUUAUGUUCUU